GACUGAGCAGCAUUAAAAAAGAACACUCCAUGAGUGCGGACACAAAGUCGGUCAUUUUUUUCUUGUUACCACAAAUGGAAGCGGAUAAAUGGAGCAUGACGCUGUUACAAAUGGGCUAAUGGGAGAAGAAUGAUGAUCUAAAAGCACGAAAAUGGAAAUGAGACGCAGCAGAAGUUGACAAUCGGAUCCAUUAGCUCCACAAGCCGAAUGCAGAGAGGGGAUUAAGAAACUGAGAGACCAUUUGUGCAUGGAGCUACAAAAUUCUCAGCAUAAAUGAACAAGUGAGUAGGAAACUCAGAGGGGGAGGAGAGAAGAGAAAAACCAUUGGGAGUACAGCGUCCAUGUCUGUGUCAGGUGUAUGUGUGGGGGUGUGACUGUUGGUAACCAGGCAGGGACAGACAUUGCCUCACUGGGAUGUGGGGGAGAGCGACUUCAAUGCCAGAGAUCUCAGCCGGGCACAUAAACAAACACGCAUGCAAAACACGUCAGUCUCCGUUGGACGCAGCAGAAAACGCUCAGCUCACUCGAAGCUACAGGUCCAGAGGAGAAACGCUUCGCUGCCAACCGAGCAACCGCUGAUGGAAAUUACCAGUGUGCUCGCCGGGAUUUCGUGUGGAAUCUUUUAUUACACAUGUAAUAGCUGCUUUGAAGACCUGAGGAAUCGCUAAUGAUUGAUGCCUUGUAGCGGAAGGACGACCCCACUGACCGCCAUCAAAGAUGUUUCAUCUCUGCUGCACAAUGCUCCUUCGGCACUGCAAAAAAGCAGCUUUCCUGCUGAGCCUUGGGAUAAGCAUUGCGGGCUUUUUGGUCAUCUACAUCAGGACUGCCAAUCAUUGGGAGAUGCCAGAAGCAAAAUCAAUUCCACACAAGUGCAGACCAUUUUCCUCGCAAUGUGGAACUUUGCUCUCGAGGACAGCGGCGCAGACAACAUGGCACAGACAAGACUGUUGGAAUGAAAGCUAUAUUCUGAAGAAGGAGGUGAAGUGUUCCGUGCUAAAGAAAGACCUUCACUUCAUCACGAGACCUCUGAGCUAUAUGGAGGAGAAAUACCCUUUGGCGUUCAUACUAACUGUUCACAAGGAACUUGGGGUGUUACUACGUCUACUACGAGCAAUAUACAUGCCCCAAAAUAUUUACUGCAUUCACAUUGAUGCCAAGGCACCAGUGAAGUACCAGGAGGCAAUACAAAAGAUGGUUAGUUGUUUUCAAAACAUAUUCAUCUCAAGCCGCAGCGAGUCGGUGACCUAUGCAGGAUUUUCCCGCCUGCAAGCAGAUCUGAACUGCAUGGAUGACUUGGCGAAGUCCAAGGUGCGCUGGAGAAAGGUUAUCAAUCUGUGCGGACAAGACUUCCCCAUAAAAACUAACUUGGAGCUGGUGCAGCACUUGCAGAGGAAAAAGUGGCGGGAAAAGAAUAUCACACCGGGGGUCAAGCAGCCAGUCAGAAUGAGGUCACGGACCGAACUCAAGUACACAGAGGUUGAGGGUUCUUACGUUAAGUGUUUGGGAGUGAAAAAAAGCCCUCCACCACAUGAUAUCCAAGUAUAUUUUGGGACAGCCUAUUAUGCCGUAACAAGAGAAUUUGUAGAAUUUGUUUUAACAAGUCAAAAAGCCAGAGACCUGUUGGAAUGGUCCAGAGACACAUACAGUCCGGAUGAACACUACUGGGUUACACUCAACCACUUGCCAGAAGCCCCAGGCAGCUACAUCAACGGAGGCUGGGCAGGAAAUGUCCGGGCUAUCAAGUGGAGCGAUCAAGAAGGCGAAAGUCACAACGGCUGUAACGGACACUACGUACGGAGCAUUUGUGUCUACGGGGAAGGCGACCUGCCAUGGAUCAUCAACACGGACAACAUGUUUGCAAAUAAAUUUGAAAGCAAGACAUCUCCAGAAGCCUUGGACUGUCUGGAGCAAUGGCACAGGAACAAGGUGCUGCGAGGGGCAACAGUUCCCAUUGAAACGUCGUGGCUGCUGGCAACUAGGCGGAACAUUACAGCCACUGAUUAAUUUUAGCAAGCAGAGUAUGAAGUAUUGAGCAAUGUAAACGUUUGUUGGAGUGUGUGACUGAAGCUCAUCUCAACAUGACUUUACAAAGUCUUUUCCUAUCAGCACUCUGCAUCAGGUUGGUUGGAAUUCAAAAUCAAUUUCAUCGAACAACCAGGUCUUAAAAUAAACCAUCUUGUGAGAAAGUGCGUAACGGGACUUAUAAGUACUUAACACAGUCUUUUUACUGGCAUUAUUUAUUUAAAAAUAUCUAUUUAAAUAACGUGCAAUGAUGUGGCUGGCAGGCCAGGAGUUUGAGAUCGGUGGCUUAAAGUAAAAGAAUGAAAAGACAUGAAGUAAAACUAUAAAUUUAACCUGUCAUGGCUCUUUCUCAAAGUAAAGCUGUAAUGUAUAUUGAUGAGACCAUAAUUACAGUUCCGUAAUGUCUGUUACACAUGACUAAGACUAAGGGAUCACAUAGCUUAUGUCUCAUUUAUUAUACAAUUGUGUCAUUAAUGUUUGUAGCUGACUGUGCAACUCGGUGAUAAAGGGA